AUGGGUGGUCGUUUCAGACAUCGUUCCAACAACAAGGGUGCUGUUAAAGUUCAAACGGGUUCAGCGUAUGUCGGCUUUUCAUUUAAAAAUCGAAUAAUUUUGAAUUUUUCCAGAUGUGAAUCGAAUCCAACAAAAAGUCGCCACAGGGAAGCCGCCAAUGCAGCUCGUAUGGCUUCUUUUGGUGGAGCUGGAAUGCUUGCUGUUGAAGACCGUCCUGAAAAUAGUGCUGCUGAUGAUUUGAUGUCAGCACUUCCUAUUGCAUCGAUGGAUAUAUCUUCAUCUAAAAGUAUGGUUUCCGAAGGUGGAAUCUCUAGAAUUUCCGAAUUCACUUCGUGUACAAAUCCAGCUUUCGAAUCAGUCAAUCGAGUUUGGAAGUGAGUUUUAGCCGUUUUCUUUUCAUUUGUCGUGUGUUUCAUGUUUUUGUUUUGUCCAAAACUUGAGCCAUGGACUGAUAGAUUGAUUUCUUCAGAUCUGGGUCCUCUAUUCAAGCAGAGGUAGUCUCAGUUUUGGCGGCGAUUGCUGAAGUCAUCAAAGAGCGUGAUGGUAUGAUGUACUUUCACAAUUUUCUGUUACCUUUCUGAUUUUUAGGCAAAGAAUCUGAUGUUGAGUAUUGUGCUGCACUCAUCACUGCUCUUGAAGGAUCAUCACUUGGAAACCCAAAAAGAACCGCUGCGAUUGCGUAUCUUCUUCAUUUGAUUGUUAGAAAAGUUCAUAAAGAAGUUCUUCAAGCUCAAUUCCAUCGCUUCGUACAAGUAUGUUAUAACCACUUAGACCUUAUAUUAUUUUCUCUUUUCAGAUUUUGUACACGAAACUUCUUGAAAAUGUCGACAGCACUGAAGGUUCUGCACUCAAAAAUCUGAUUUCUGUUCUUGGAAUUGUUCUUCGAAGUCAACCAGCAUCUGUUUGGGCAAGUGCCAAUACAAAAAACAUGCUCGUAUCUGUUGCUGCAUUAUCAGCUCAUGAUAAACCUUGGGUUCGAACAAUGGCAAGACGAGUUAUUCGAGCUGUUCUCACUGACCCAGUCACAGCUUUUGAUAAUGGAUUACAUCCAGCUAGCGGAGCUGUUGGUCAACUCAUUUUGAAUCACAUCGAAACAUUUUUAUGUGAGUUAAAAAAACAAUUUUUUAACCUAUUCUGUUCUGAAUAAGAUUAUUUUUCAGCGAGUGCAAAAGGAGACAGUACAAAUGUUGUUCGUUUCCUUUGUCUUUUGGAAGGAGUUAUGCAUAAAAUGCCUGCAAAUCUCUUCAAAAAAAUGGCAGAAGCAAUGCUCAAAUGUUUUGCAAUUUCUGAUGCGAUGGUAAAAUGUUCAGCUCUUCAAUGUCUUCAUCGCGCACUUCAACGACAACCAUGUGAUUCUGCUCUUCCAACUGAAACUAAUACACUUCUUCUUGUUGCAUUGCGUCAAUUAGGAACUUCAGUCGCUGAUGUUACAGUAACUGCUUAUUGGAUGCAAGCACUCGCUGAAGCUCAUGUUUGUCUCACAGCAAAGGAUUCCAAGAAAUCCAUUCAAAAUGCCUAUCAAACUUUGCCCCUUUUUGUCAAAAUUUUCGAAACUGGAAAUGAACAACUCGCCCAAGUCACAUAUCAAUCAUUAACAAGAGUUAUUGAUAAUUGUGUGAAAGACGAUAAUGAAUGUGCAAAAUUCCUGUUGGCUCAAUUACAUUCUGCAAUGACAAUGAAAUCCGCAUCUGUUUGGAAGUUUAUUCUUCGUGCUCAAAUGAAAUUGUAUGAAGUUUGUGGUGACGGAAUUCAAGGAGCCGAGUUUACAAAGGUUAUCGAAGAUUUGGCUAAACUCCGACAAUCAGAUGAAUGUUUCUGUAAAACAGAGUUAGAUUUCGUAUGUUUAUCAAAUUUUAAAACUGAGAGUAUAAAUAAUUCAAAAUACUUCUUUCAGACAAUUGGCGCAGCCGUUCGUCAUGUUGGUAUUGCUCAUGUUAUGAAAAUUCUGUCACUCGAUGUUGAUCCAGAUGCAGCCAUUCUCUCGACUGAAUUCAGUCGCUCAUGGCUUUUACCAAUUCUUCGUGUCAAUAUUCAUAAUGCUCCAAUUUCUUUAUUCACAUCACUUUUCUUACCAAUUGCUAUGAAAAUUCAUAGACGUCUCAACACUCUUCAACCUCCAGUUCAACGUCUUUAUACAACAUUCCAAUUUCAACUCUGGGAAUUGUUACCAGCAUUUUGCGAAUCACCAUCCGAUUUGGAAACAUCAUUCCCAGAUAUUGCUCCAAUUUUGGGUGCAGCUCUUCAAGAAAGAAAUGAUCUUCGUAUGACUGUUUUGAAUGCAAUCAGAAGAGCUCUCAAAUUCUCCUUGGAACCAGGAGCACCACAAGAAAGAAUUGAUGUUAUGAGCCGAUAUGCAAAAAAUUUCAUGCCAAUUUUCUUCAAUAUGUAUACAGCUUCUGUUGUUGAUGGAGCAUAUGAUGAUAAAGGAGUUCGAUUGUCUGUUUUGGAAGCAAUUCGAGUUUAUGCUGAAGCAACUCCUGAUGAACUUGUUAAUCGAUUUGUUGAUAGUGCUAUUUCGAAAUCAAAAGAAACUCAUGAAAAUGUUGGAACUGCUACACAAAAACAAGCUCGUGUUCUAGAUAUUCUUUGUGCAUUGGCUAGAGUUGCUGGAACUGAAUCUGUUUCGAAAAUUCUUGAUACAAUUCGACCAUUGUUGGAUGCGUCUGAUUUGAAUGGACUUCAGAAGAAAGCUUAUAGAAUUUUGGAAGAAAUUAUUCAACGUAGAUCAUCUGAAGAAAUUGAGCAAUUAUUGGAAAAUCGCAGCGAUUUUAUUGAGAACGCUGUUUUGAAACCAAUUGAAGCGAUUUCUUUCCCAGCGAGAGCUGCAUACGUAAGUUCACAUUAAUUCUAAUUUUCAAGUUUUAAACAAGUAAAAUGAAAUUUUUCAGUGUUCAUGCGUUCACAUGCUUUUGGAUAGUUAUGAUUCAUUAAAAACAGUUUCUUCAUUCACUGAAAAAAUCGUUGGAAAUAUAAUUGUUAUGUUGGAUAAAGAUAACAAUGUUCAUUCUCGUCAAAAUGCAUCAAAAUGUCUUCAAUUCAUCUGUAACAAAUUAUUGGAAUUAGUAGAAGAUCCAACAGCAGAUACACCAUCUCAAGUUCUUGAUGUUGUUAUUUCAAAAAUUUUCGAAUUAACAACAUUGAAAGUUGGAGAAAAAACAACAUCUAUUGAAAUUCGAAUUGCUCGCGGAGCUCUUGUUGCUGCCAAUAUUAUUGCACAGAAGCAAAUCAAAGUUUUGAACACAAUUACAACAUCCAGAAUUAUGUCAUUUGCUUGUAAUUGGAUUACUGAAGGACGUGCACCUGUUAGAAUUUUGGCAAUUCGAUUGAUGCGUGUUUUAUGCCAAAAAAUUCCGGAGGUUGUACUUCAACAAUUCCGCGAACAAAUUUUGACAACAGUGUUUGAAGAACAAUUGACAAGUGACUUGACAGUCAAAAUUCGAAAGGCUAAUCGACUUCUUCUCGAAGUUCUCGUUGAAAAAUUCGGUGUAAAUGUUCUUGAAAAAUAUACAAAGAAAUCGGAUUGGUUGAAACAAAUCAAGGCAAUCGAAAAACUUCGAAGAAGAAAAUUGAGAAAAGCAGCUGGAGAAGAAAUGGAUGAAGAAGAAGAUGAUGGAGCAACAGUUAUUAGUGGAGCAUCUGGAAGAACUGCUGGAGCUGAUACUAUUCUUGAAUUAUUAGAAGACAGUGAUGCUGAUAAUGAAAGUGAUAGUGAAGAACAAUUAAUGAAAAAGAGUCGAGUUGGAAGUGUUUGGUUGAAAAACGAAGGAGAUGGAGAUGUUCCAAUGGAUUUGUUGGAUUCGGCUAGAAUGAUGGAGCACAUCACAACAACAAAUCCAGCAAUUGCUGAAAUGAGAAAGAAAAAAGCUAUUGAAAGAAGAGAAAAGAAUGAAGCUGGUUUUAAAUUCACUCGCGAUGGUCGUCUUGUUAUUGUUGAAGCUGAUGGUAAGAUUUCAUAAUUGAUAUCAAUUGAAAAAUAAAAUAAUUUUGAAAUUUUUCAGAGCUUGAUGAGAAAAAGAAAUCUCGUAAACGUAGAAAUGGAUUGGAUGAAAUGGACGAAGAGGAAGAAGGUGCAAAACGACAAAAAGAAGAUAGUGAUUUGGAAAGUGAUUUGAUCUCUGAUGAUAAUGUAAGUUGACUAAAUUGAAUUUAGUAAAUUCAUAUAGAAAACAGAGAAAAUAAUAAAAUGGUAUUUUUUAGGAUGAUAAGAAGACACAUGUUAGUCGCGCAACAUCUUAUGGUGGAAAAGGAAUCUACAGAGAUACAAGUGCUAAAUCACAAGUUGGAAGCAGUGUUGGUUCGAAACGUAAACCGGGAAAAUCUGGACAAAAACCGGAGAAAAAACAACAGAAGAAUCUUCAACCAUACACUUAUGUUCCAUUGAGAAACAAAACUGCGAAACAAGAUGUUAGACAGAUUUUGAAGGCAAAACGAAAGAGCGGAAAAGGAGGAAAGAAAGUUACUUUCUAG